AGUACAGAUGACCCUCACCUGGAAUAUGGCAAAUCUAAGCCACCCAUCCGAAUUUAUCCUGUUGGGUUUCUCAACCUUAGGUGAACUGCAGGUGGUGCUCUAUGGACCCUUCCUGGUACUUUAUCUUUUGGCCUUUGUGGGAAAUGCCAUCAUUAUUGUUAUGGUCCUAGUUGAUGCCCACCUCCACACCCCCAUGUACUUCUUCCUGGGAAAUUUUGCCUUACUGGAGAUCUUUGUCACCAUGACUGCAGUGCCAAAGAUGCUCUCAGACCUCCUUGUUCCCACCAAGACAAUUUCUUUUACCUCCUCCAUGGUCCAAUUCUACUUCUACUUCUCCUUCGGUUCUACUUCCUUCCUCAUUCUGGCAGACAUGGCUAUGGACCGCUUUGUGGCCAUUUGCCACCCGCUACGCUAUGGCACCUUUAUGAGCUGGGAAGUAUGCAUCCGUCUGGCAGAGGCAGCCUGGGCAGCACCCUUCCUGGCCAUGGUGCCCACUGUUCUCUCCCGGGUGCAGCUCUCCUACUGCCAUGGCAACAUCAUUAACCACUUCUUCUGUGACAAUGCCCCACUGCUACAACUGGCCUGCUCAGACACAUCCCUCCUAGAGUUCUGGGACUUCAUGCUUUCUUUGGCCUUUGUCCUAAGCUCUUUCCUGGUGACACUUGUCUCCUAUGGCUAUAUCGUGACCACCGUGUUGCGUAUUCCUUCUGCAAGCGGCCGCCAAAAAGCCUUCUCUACCUGUAGUUCCCACCUCACUCUAGUCUUCAUUGGCUACAGCAGCACAAUCUUUGUCUAUGUUAGACCCAGCAAGGCUCACUCUGUAGAACUCAAUAAGAUGGUGGUCUUAGUCACUUCCAUCCUGACCCCUGUUCUCAAUCCCUUCAUUCUCACUUUCCGAAAUGAAACAGUGAAGACCGUUAUCCGAGGACAGAUUCAGAGGCUAAAGAGUCUAAAGAAUUCAGCAUGA